AUGGACGAAAUUGGAAUCGAAAUUCACGCAGAGGAGCCGACAUUCGAGUCGGUGGUGACGGAAAAGGCGGCUUUGUACCAAGAGAUGCAAGAGGAUGACUAUUAUAUCAAGUACAAAAAGCUCUCUAGACAUCUGGAAAUGUUGGAUAUUCAGGAAACGUACAUAAAAGACGAGCAGGCCAACCUCAAGCGCGAGUUGGUGCGCGCGCAAGAAGAAGUCAAGCGCAUCCAGUCUGUUCCGCUCGUCAUUGGACAGUUCUUGGAACCUAUAGACCAGCAUACUGGCAUCGUUGGAUCGACCACGGGGUCAAAUUAUGUCGUCCGCAUUCUCUCCACACUCGAUCGCGAGUUAUUGAAACCUUCGUCUUCUGUUGCGCUUCAUCGCCAUUCCAACGCACUGGUAGACAUUCUUCCUCCGGAAGCAGACUCGUCGAUAUCCAUGUUGGGUGCAGAGCAGAAACCAGACGUGACUUAUCAAGACGUUGGUGGCAUGGACUCCCAAAAGCAAGAAAUUCGAGAAGCUGUGGAGCUUCCAUUGACGCACUUUGAUCUCUACAAAAAGAUUGGAAUCGACCCGCCUCGCGGUGUCUUGCUGUACGGUCCGCCAGGAACUGGAAAGACGAUGCUUGUCAAGGCUGUGGCGCACCACACCACUGCGUCCUUUAUUCGUGUCGUUGGCUCCGAGUUUGUCCAAAAAUACCUAGGAGAGGGUCCCCGAAUGGUCAGAGACGUCUUCCGACUGGCCAGGGAGAAUGCUCCAGCGAUUAUCUUUAUUGACGAAAUCGAUGCCAUUGCCACCAAGCGGUUCGACGCGCAAACAGGAGCGGACAGGGAGGUUCAGCGUAUCCUGCUUGAGCUCCUGAACCAGAUGGAUGGUUUCGAUCAGGGAAGCAAUGUCAAGGUCAUCAUGGCCACGAACCGAGCGGACACCCUUGACCCAGCCCUCCUACGGCCCGGACGCCUGGACCGAAAGAUUGAAUUCCCGCAGCCUUCUAGAAGAGAAAAGCGUCUCAUCUUUCAGACGAUUACGGGCAAGAUGAACCUGAGUCCUGACCUUGACCUCGAGGAUUUCGUCUCGCGACCAGACAAAAUCUCCUCGGCUGAGAUUGCGUCCAUUUGCCAGGCUGCUGGCCUACAAGCUGUCCGAAAGAACCGCUAUGUCAUCCUGCCAAUCGACAUGGAGGAAGCUUGGAAGCAAGUCGUCAAGAGAAACGACGAGACUCUCGAGUUCUAUCGAUAG